GCUCAACCACAGAGGGAAGGAGCCAGUGGGAGCGCUGGCGUGACGGCUGUGCUCGGCUUUUCUUUACUACACAAAUCACGCCGUUGUGAUUAUUUGAACCUAACGCGUGGAUAUACGAGCCCCCAAUGAUGAGUUAGAAGCUGUACCGUGUGCGCUCCAGCAGUGCUGUUGUGACGUGUGGGCUUGUGUUUCAGUGCACAGACAUGGGUGUUUGCAGCCUGCACGUCCUGCUGCUGCUGCUGCUGCUGCAGGCUCUGCGGACUCCAGCCGAGGGCUCAGAUGGACACCUGGUGUGUCUUUGCGAAGGCUCGAAAUGCCUCCAGGAGACGCAGUGCCACGGCAGCCAGUGCUUCUCCUCCGUUAAAGUGGAAAGCAGUGGAGUCAUGUUCGAGCGUGGCUGUCUGAAGGGGCCGGAGAAAAUCCGCCUGCUGUGCUCCACACCUCCAACGUCCAAGCAGGCCAUCCUCUGCUGCUCCCAGGACAACUGCAACGGCAACACCACCAGGAGCUUGUUGAUGUCUCUCCUCCCAUCAGCCCCGGAAGGCGAGCCUGUUCGUUAUCGUGUGGAGACGUUGGCUCUGUUCGUCCUGGGCCCGGUGGUGGUUCUGGCGCUGCUGUCGGUGGUGUCGGUGCUGGCCUGCAGGAGGCUCCACCACGGACGCCUUCAGAGGCUGCAGGAGUUCGACACGGAGCAGGGAGCUAUAGACGGCCUCAUCAGCUCCAACGUGGGAGACAGCACUUUAGCGGACCUGCUGGACCACUCGUGCACGUCGGGCAGCGGCUCGGGCCUUCCCUUCCUCGUCCAGAGAACCGUGGCCAGACAGAUCAGUCUGAUGGAGUGUGUGGGUAAGGGCCGGUAUGGAGAGGUGUGGCGAGGGCAGUGGCAGGGGGAGAACGUGGCCGUGAAGAUCUUCUCCUCGAGGGAUGAAAAGUCCUGGUUCAGGGAGACGGAGAUUUACAACACGGUGCUGCUCAGGCACGAGAACAUACUGGGGUUCAUGGCAUCCGACAUGACUUCCCGAAACUCCAGCACCCAGCUGUGGCUCAUCACGCACUACCACGAGAACGGCUCGCUGUACGACUACCUGCAGCGGGUGGCGGUGGAGACGUCGGAGGGCCUGGCCAUGGCGGCGUCCAUAGCCUGCGGCCUGGUGCACCUGCACACGGAGAUCUUCGGCACGGAGGGGAAACCGGCCAUCGCGCACCGCGACCUGAAGAGCAAGAACAUCCUGGUGACCAAGGAGCUGCGCUGCUGCAUUGCAGACCUCGGGCUGGCUGUGACCCACACACAGGCUGACAACCUGCUGGAUGUGGGCAACAACCCCAAGGUUGGCACCAAACGCUACAUGGCACCUGAAGUGCUGGACGAAAGCAUCCAGACGGACUGCUUCGAUGCCUACAAGAGAGUGGACAUAUGGGCCUUUGGACUGGUGCUGUGGGAGAUAGCGAGACGCACGUACAGCAACGGUAUCGUUGAAGAGUACAAACCGCCGUUUUACGACCAGGUGCCAAACGACCCGAGCUUCGAGGACAUGAGGAAGGUUGUGUGUGUGGAGCAGCAGAGGCCUUUCAUUCCCAACCGCUGGUUCUCAGAUCCUACUCUUUCUGCGCUGGUCAAACUGAUGAAGGAGUGCUGGUACCAGAACCCGUCUGCUCGGCUGACGGCGCUGCGCAUCAAGAAGACCCUGGACAAGAUUUACAGCUCUCUGGAGAAAGGCAAGGAGUCGUGAGAGGGGGAAGAGUCUCGGAGGCAGCUGUGGGACGCCGGUGGCGGCCCGAGCUCGACAUUUGUUAAAACAAAAGAGGCCGCCGGUGGCGGGGGGUGAAGGACUGGAGGAAAGUUGUUGGGGUCUCAUCCAGCUUCAUCCCCCUCUCUUCCAUCCUCUGUGGUUGCCUAACAACGACAUCCCUCCGUUUGACUUGAAGUACCAUUCUGACGUUUGGACUGGUUGUGUCUGGAUAAGCCGACCCUCGCCGCGGGACAUAAAGGUUAGCGCCGCGUCCCCGCGGACUGUUACUGAAUGUGAACGGAUUCCUCAUCGUAGUUCUCCAUAAAGAUGCUUUAAUUUUAGACGGUCCUGGCCGUAGCCCGGUACGCCGAGUGUCUCUUCCAGUCCGGCUCCCGAUCUCCGUCCCGCGUCGUCGACACGUGGCUUUGGCAUUCUGCUCAGAGACAAUCAGAAAUACUCCACUCAUUUAGCUUUAUGACGACAUGCCAACUAUUGCCACAAAUACACAUGUUCACAAAUGAAAGGAAAAGAGCCAAUAGAAUCAAACAUGUUUUUAAACCUUUUUUUUUUUAAGUAUAUUUAUGUACUGAACCUCCACUGUUACCACACUACUGAAGUACUCUGUAAGACUGGUGUAUGAUGACGAUUGUAAACGUAUAUAAGCAUUAACUCUACUAGAUUAUCUGUACCCUUGUUGUCACUAUCAAGUAGGAAACAACGUGCUGAGAAAUACUUGAAAAAGUAGGAUUUUUAAAAAAGAUUAAAAAAAAAUCUGAACUUGUUUAUUCACAGAAGGAAAAAAAAAACAAACACUACAGGCACAACUUUAUGCUGGUGGUUCGUAACGAAGCGGCACGCCAACUAUCUCCCCGUAGGAAUUUGUAAUUCUUCAAAUAUUACAUGAACUUCUCUCUCUCUCCCUCUGGCAUAUUUUGUAAAUUGUGUGAAAAUCAUCUGGACGAGCGAAGAAGAAUCGACACAGACUUGUUUGUGGUAACCAUAGCAACUCCCUCCCUUAUGUUUGUUUUGUUUUUUUAAAUAAUGGAGGUGAAAGAAAUCUGGACCUUUCCACUGAUGCCACAUUAUACAAGUUGCCUGAAAGAUGGAGGGAAGAAAGAUGAAAAAAACCUCCAAGUUGAUGUGGAAACAGUUUUAUUGAAGACUGGGCUUAAAACUUGAGUUUCCUGGUUGUAUAAAUGAAUUAGAUCACAAGUGCUGGAGUUGUUUUGGGGAAAAAAAGAAGAAAAAAAAAACGAGAAAAACAUUGCUUUGUCUUUUUUACAUGUAAUAAAACAUUUACUGCACACUUGUCUAAUGAUUAUCCAG